UACACACCCCACUCAUGGAGCAUUUAUCGAAGUUAUUAUCAAAGAGGUGCCAAAAACAUAACUACAUAUAUGUCUAUGAGUGAUAUGGAUUUGAAAUAGCACAUUUCUUUAAUGAGGUUGUGGACAAACGUUACAUGAAGUACGCAGCAAUAUCUAAUGAGAUAGUAUAAAUAACCGCCCAUCCCUCCCCACAGACAACAGAAAAUCAAACAAAAGCAACACCCAGCUCUACAGUUGACUACUUCCCAGCAAUGAAGCACUUUAAUUCGUGUUCCAUCUUCCUUAUUGCCACCUCAAUCCAUGUCGCUUUUUCACUUUUGAGUGACGCUGCGUACCAUGGCCCUUUCCCCAAGGUUCCCAAGGAUAUGGGUACAAUCCAACUCGGUGCCUUUAUUUUUGACAACGCAGAUUUACUAGACAUCACAGGCCCCAUGGAGGUUUUCGGUGCGCCUUUUAACAACCUUGACAUCGAGGUUAAUUUUAUCGGAACCUCUCUGAAGCCUGUCAAGACUGCACACAGCGUGUUACUCACUCCUAGGUAUACUCUCAGCAAUGCACCCAAGAUGGAUUUGUUCUUUAUUCCUGGAGGCCCUGGGAUUGCGUCUGUUAUGAACUCUACAAAGAUUAUGCGGCAGGUCACUAAGCGUGUCAAGGAAUCGACCUGGACAAUGACUGUCUGUGUUGGAUCUGCGGUGUUAGCCAAGACCGGCCUCAUGGAUGGUUACAAUAUGACUACCAAUAAGGCAGCUUUCCAAAGGAUCGUAGACAAUUCAAAGGGCAUGAAUAUCAAUUGGAUUAAGCGAGCACGCUGGGUUCAAGAUGGGAAAUAUGUCACCUCUUCGGGAGUAGCUGCUGGCAUGGAUGCUGCUCUCUACAUUCUUUCAGAGUUUACAAGCUUUGCGAAUGCGCAGAAUGUUUCCAACUUUAUUGAAUACUCCUGGCAUAAAGACGCGAAUGAUGAUCCUUUUGCUGAUCUGUAUCCCUAAACUCGUUCUUGAAAUGGCCCUUGAAUGAUGCUCGCGAGCCUCUAUAUCAAAUGAUGGAUCUGUGGAGGAUGUCCAUGUACGAGCAGCGUAGGGGCUAUAUAUAUAAAGGAGAAAAAAAAAAAAAACAGGAA